AUGUCACAAUUGCCAUUCAUUGUUGGAGCACCAGGUAAAGUAAUCAUUUUUGGUGAACAUGCUGCAGUCUAUGGGAAACCGGCUAUUGCUGCUGCCUUGAGUUUGAGAUGUUAUCUUUUGGUUUCUCCAUCAAUUGAUUCUAAUACUAUUAGGUUGCAAUUCCCUGAUAUUAAAUUAGAUCAUUCAUGGAAUAUCAAAGAUUUACCAUGGGAAGAGAUAAAACCAUAUUUGAUUUAUGAUAGGGAAAACAAACCACAAAUACCUUCAGAAUUGGUGCCGGAAAUCGUCGACAAGUUGUCCAACUUUUUAAACAGUUUUGAUAAUAAAAUGCAUUACUAUGCUUGCUUUUGUUUUCUUUAUUUGUUGAUGAAUUUAUGUGAUUCAAAAGUACCGGGAAUGAAUUUUAUUGUUAGGUCAACUUUGCCUAUUGGUGCAGGGUUAGGGUCAUCUGCUUCCACGUCUGUGUGUUUAUCAUCUGCCUUGGCACUUAUGGGUGGUUGGAUCAAUAAGCCACUGUUGCACGAAAAUGAUAAAUUGGAUACCGCUGAUAUACCUGAUUUGGAGUUUAUUGAUAAGUGGUCAUUGAUUGGGGAGAAAUGUUUCCAUGGUAACCCAUCUGGGAUCGAUAACGCGGUGGCUACUUUUGGAGGAGCUGUGAUGUUCCAGCGAACAUCGACUCCUGAACAACCGUCGAUUCGUACGAAUAUGAGAAAUUUCCCAGCGAUAAAACUACUUUUAACCAAUACUAAAGUCCCCAAGAGUACUGCCGAUUUAGUUGCUGGUGUUGGCAGAUUGAAUGCAGAAUUUAAUCUGAUCUCGUCUUCGAUAUUGACAGCUAUAGAACACUUGUCGCAAGAAGCUUACAAAGUUAUGAUGAACCCAAUGUUUGGCAAAGAAGAAACAAACGUUUUGAGAAAGUUGGUGAAUAUUAAUCAUGGGUUAUUGGUAGCGCUAGGAGUAUCACAUCCAGCUUUGGAAACAGUAAAGAUCAUUGGUGAUAAACAUAGAAUUGGAUCUACUAAAUUGACAGGUGCUGGAGGCGGAGGCUGUGCGAUCACUCUAGUCAAUGAUGAUGUAGAAGAAUCUGUCAUACACAAUGCUAUCAAAGAGUUUGAAGAAAAUGGGUAUGAGAGUUUCGAAACUUCUUUAGGUGGGAAAGGUGUUGGUAUUUUGUUCCAUGAAGAUUUCAGGGAUACCACAAAGUUCUCAGAAUCUCAAUUUUGCAAUUACGUUGAUCGUGCCGCUAUUGAAGGUUCGUUAGGAAUGGCAAAUGUGAAAGAAUGGAAGUUUUGGUGA